AUGACCUCAUACAGGUAUGUCGCUGUCCAGGACGAUGAUGACCCAUUUGAACUCGAUCGAAAUCAGAACAUUACCAAACGAACAGAAGUGCUUGAUUUUAGUCAAACCAGGGUUUCCGACGAUGACGAUCGGGUGAAGACUCGGUCGACUGUAAUCCAUGUUCGAUCCCAGAGCCUCAAGCACUUAAAUGAACGAGUGGAAACUGGAUCGAUCUCUAGAUCUAAAAGCCUCAGGGAUGUAGACGCCUCAGGGGAAUUUGCAAGCGUCAAGGCUCGAGUAUCUUAUGUUGAUAGUUGGAAUCCCGUGAACCCGGUCGGAAGGGGGAGGAUCGCAGAGAGGGUCAAAAGCUGGGAGAAUAAUUUAGACGAUGAGGAAGCCGGCUCUUGGCAGGAAAGGAAAACAUUCAGCUCAGAUAACGGGAUGGAUCGACGAAAAGUUAGUUACAAUGGAACGCGAGCGAGGGGCUUUGAUUACUACUACGGAUCAGGGGAGCCAGACUGGCGAGAUGAGAGAUACGAAAGUUAUCAGUACAACCGUGACUCUGCAGAA